AUGUCAAAACGUAAAAAUGCGUUUUCUGAAUCAAAAUCUGAAUCAAAAAGAAUACACGGAACACAGUUCGACGGUAAAAAGCACACGUUAGAUUCAGACGAGGAGGAUUUUGUUGACGAUGAUAAUGUACUGGAUGUGGACGAUAUUGAAGGUGAAGAAGAUGGUAUUGCAAGACAGGAUGGGGAGCAAAGAAUGACUGCAUUUAAUAUGAAGGAAGAAAUGGAGGAGGGGCACUUCGAUAAAGACGGGCAUUUUAUAUGGAGCAAUGAGACGGAGAUUAAAGAUAAUUGGUUGGAUAAUAUUGAUUGGCAAAGGAUUAAAACCAAUGCAAAAUUUAAGGAGAAAUAUAAUGUUGAUGAUAAAGGUUUGGGGGCAGAGUCGGACUCGGAUGAGGGUGCUGAGUCAGAUUUUGAUGAGAUAGAAACAUAUAAGAAAAUUAUUGGUUAUGUUAAGCCCAAAGAAACCAUAAAUAAGGCUAUAAAGAGGUUAAGUGGGGAUCAAAAGUUGUCUAGUAUGGAAAGAUUAAGGCGUAAGAAAGCUGGAACUUUAAAUUCUAGUGAAGAUGUAACAAAUCUGACCGAAUUUGCCAAUAAAAUAUUAACAAAGUUGGGUAAUAUGGAUAUUUAUCAGGAAACUUUUGAGCAAAUUCAGGGAAAAAUUGAUCUACAUGAUAACAAAAAUAAAGCUAAAGCCAAAGAACCAGAGUUGGACAUGUAUGCAGAUGAUUUCGAUUGUAAGGAACAAGUAAAAUUUACUGCAGGGCCUUCAACCAGCAAAAGUGGUGUAGACACUAAAGAAGAAACAAUAAAACAAGAAAUAAAAUGGGAGUUUAAAUGGAAACCGGAAGAUGAAGAUAUUCAGGGCCCAUACACAACAGCCCAAAUGGUCAAAUGGGCCAACGAGAAUCAUUUUAAAACUGGUGUUUUAGUGAGAAAAUGCGGUGACAACGGCAAUUUUUAUACCUCUAAUAGGAUAGAUUUUGAACUCUAUGAGUAG